UCGGAAGGAUUUUCAGUGGAAGAAGGCAAGAUGUGAUUGGGUUGCUGCGUGGAGGGAGAAAGCCCUCAAGAGGGAAGGGGAUUGGUACAGCGGUUCAGGUGAGCUCUAUGGUGACUUGGACCAGGUGGUGGCAGUGGAGAUGGAGAAGGGGGCAGGGCCAGGAGCAUCUUCAUCGAAAUUGGGGAAACGGGUGUGCCUGUGGGCCAGACCUGUGCGGCCACCCUCUCUCCCGCUGCAGACCAGGCGGGGCCAUGAAGGUACUGCUCCUCACCGGGCUGGGAGCCCUCUUCUUCGCCUAUUAUUGGGAUGACAACUUCAACCCAGCCAGCCUCCAGGGGGCCCGUGUGCUGCUGACUGGAGCCAGCGCAGGCGUCGGCGAGGAGCUGGCCUACCACUACGCACGCCUGGGCUCCCACCUCGUGCUCACUGCCCACACCGAGGCCCUCCUGCAGAAGGUGGUAGGGAACUGCCGGAAGCUGGGCGCUCCCAAGGUUUUCUACAUCGCUGCGGACAUGGCCUCCCCCGAGGUGCCCGGGCGCGUGGUGCAGUUUGCGCUGGAUAAGCUGGGCGGGCUGGACUACCUGGUGCUGAACCACCUCGGCUCCGCCCCGGCAGGCACGCGGGCCCGGAGCGCCCAAGCCACACGCUGGCUCUUGCAGGUGAACUUCCUGAGCUACGUGCAGCUGACUUCGCUGGCGCUGCCCAGCCUGACCGACAGCAGGGGCUCCCUGGUGGUGGUGUCCUCGCUGCUCGGCCGCGUGCCCACGUCCUUCUCCAGCCCCUAUUCGGCCGCCAAGUUCGCGCUGGACGGCUUCUUCGGCUCCCUGCGGCGGGAGCUGGACGUGCAGGACGUGAACGUGGCCAUCACCAUGUGCGUCCUGGGCCUCCGGGACCGCGCCGAGGCCGCGGAGGGAGUCAGGGGCGUCACGAGGGCCAGGGCGGCCCCGGGGCCCAAGGCGGCCCUGGCGGUGAUCCGCGGCGGCGCCACGCGCGCCUCGGGCGUCUUCUACCCCUGGCGUUUCCGCCUGCUCUGCCUGCUCCGGGGGUGGCUGCCGCGCCCCAGGGCCUGGUUCAUCCGCCAGGAGCUCAACGUCACCGCCGCCCCCGCUGCUGCCUGAGCUCCUGGGGGCUGCCCCUUCAUCCUCCCGGAGAGAGACGCUCCAUCCACCCAGCCCGGAGAUCGAGACACCUCCGAGAGGGUGGCCACGGCCCA